ACUCGCUCUCCCCUGUCUCAGCCCCGCGCCGCCACCCCCCGCAGCCUUUCCUCCGCGCCGCCACCCUCCCGCAGCCUCUCCUCCCCGGCGCCCACCUCCCGCACCCUCUCCCCUCCGGCAUGGGCUUCCAUACCUAGCUGCGGGUGGCGGCUACCUGGCAGCGGGCGACGACCAGGCAGAGGCGCGGCGGGAGAGGAAGGAGGGACGACCAGGCACAGGCACAGGCGCGGCGGGUUCCAGGCACAGGCGCAGCAAGAUGGCCAACAAGAUGAACAAAAGAAAAAGGAUGGCUAGGGGAGCUGCUGUUUUUGUAGCACUAGCUGCAAUGGCAGUCGCUGUUCGGGCUAUAAUAAAGAAGAGAAGACCACGUAUUACCUAUGGCCCAAUGCACGAAAGAGAUCGAAUCAGAUACGAUUAUCUAAACCAAAAAUUUUGGCAAAGCGAUGUCUUAUGUAAAAACAUGCUAAGGUUUGAAAGAGCUGCGUUUUUCAAUUUGUGUGCUAUAAUGAGGGACUGCAAGUUGCUAGAAGAUAGUCCACAUGUUAGCGUCGAGCAACAAUUAGCAAUGUUUUUGCAUACAGUUGGGCAUAACCUUCGGAAUAGGGUGGUGUCAGCCAAUUUUUGUAGAUCAUAUGGCACAACUAGCAUCUAUUUUAGAAAGGCUCUUCAUGCCAUAGGCGAGCUUCGUAAUGAUUAUAUACAGCCACCAUCAUUGGAGACCCCAACAAAAAUUGAAGGAAAUCAUCGAUUUGAUCCCGGUGAGGAUCACGAGCCCUCGACGCCUCCCACCCGGAGAUUUCGCUCCAAUUCCAAAUCCCGGCCCGCAGAAAGCAGUCCAGAUGUCUGAUCCCUCGGAGCCCUCGAAAGAAGGUUCGUCAGCCAAUGGUUCGAGUGCUCUCCAAAAAACUGGAGCAUGGAGUAGCAUAUUGAGCACUCUUGUCCAGCAAGCUUCAGUGUAUGGCUUGGCUGUUGGUUAUUGCCUGUCAGCAUCUUUGCUCUCCAUUAUCAACAAAUGGGCAAUCAUGAAAUUCCCGUACCCUGGGGCAUUGACAGCUCUACAGUACUUGACUAGUGUUGUUGGAGUUCUCCUAUGUGGACAAGCAAAGCUUAUUGAGCAUGAUGGCCUUAAUUUCACAACCAUGUGGAAGUUCUUACCUGCUGCUGUGAUGUUUUACAUCUCCAUCUUCACAAACAGCGAACUCUUGCUGCAUGCCAAUGUGGACACUUUCAUUGUCUUUCGCUCUGCUGUGCCGAUAUUUGUGGCCAUUGGAGAGACAUUGUACCUUCACCAACCAUGGCCGUCAUUCAAGACAUGGCUUUCACUAUCCACCAUACUCGGUGGAAGUGUGAUCUACGUUUUCACAGACAACCAGUUCACUGUGACUGCUUAUAGCUGGGCAGUGGCCUACCUAGCAAGUAUGUCCAUUGAUUUCGUAUACAUCAAGCACGUUGUCAUGACAAUUGGCCUGAAUACAUGGGGCCUUGUGCUCUACAACAAUCUUGAGGCUUUGAUGCUGUUCCCCAUUGAGCUCUUUAUAAUGGGAGAGUUCAAUCAGAUGAAGGUCGACAGCUCUAAGAUGACAAACUGGCUGUCAUUCGACGUGAUUCUUCCGGUUGCUUUGUCGUGCAUUUUUGGCUUAGCAAUAUCUUUCUUUGGGUUCUCUUGCAGACGGGCUAUCUCAGCUACUGGAUUUACGGUCCUUGGUAUAGUAAACAAGCUCCUCACUGUGGUGAUCAAUCUGCUUAUCUGGGAUAAGCAUUCAUCCCUUGUGGGAACAAUUGGGCUGCUGAUCUGCAUGUCUGGUGGCGUUCUGUACCAGCAAUCCACCACAAAGACCAAGGCACCAAGUGUUGAGCCGAAGAAAGAGAAUGACGAGGAAGAACAGAAGUUGCUUGAGAUGCAGCAAGGGUGUGAGAUCAGUUCAACUGAAGAGCAUUCGUCAUAAGCCUCAUCGCUGAAGUUUGUUAUUGUUACUUCACUUCCGGCAACAGCUUCCGUGGACCGUUGGAAAGAAAUGUUUGGCUACAGGGCAUAGUUGACAUUAGAACCUUGCAAUGCUGAAGCAUUAGGAAAUGCAGAGUAACAUGAGUAUCAUUCUACGAUUCUUUUGUUAUUGUUUAUCGUUUCGUUUUUAAGAGAGAAUUGCUGAGCUGUAGGGCCUAACCCCUGAAUGCUGAUUGUAUACAGUAGCCCUUCUCUUAUUUAGUUAUUUGUCAUUUCUCUUUCUUUUCUUUAGUUUUAGCAGUAGCAGGUGGCACCUUGUGUGCACAUAUUGUAUGUUCGUACUGUAUUGGGCUACCUUUCUGGCGAGCCAUCACCGCAUGCAAUGCUGUUUUUGGUUCAUUUUGA